AUGAACAUGUUCAAAGAUGGUCUAAGCAUUCACCAAUUCACAGCCAUGGCUUUCCCUGACCAUGUCAUGGACAUAAUUGACCCUUCAUUGCUCUUUGAAACAGAUGACGAGAAUGAUGAAGAUGACGAUGAUGACAACAAAUACAUAAAUCACAUAGAAGAAAGACCAGUAGCAGGAUAUAAAGAUCCUGGCCCAGUCAAAGCAAAAGGACUGGAGGAAUGUUUGGAUUCAUUGAUGCAAAUAGGGCUCUCAUGCUCUGCAACAUCACCAAGAGACCGGAUGCCUAUGGAUGUCGUUGUCAACAAAAUGAAUGCAAUUAGAGACUCAUAUCUCAAUUUAAGAAGAAGAAGAAGAAGAUCGAGAAGUACAAGAUAG